ACGAGGCCUGUUGGACCAAGACCUUCGACAUCUCAACCAUCUGCACCGGCUAUGAAUAUUACGAAGCUUGAAGAAGACUCCAGGGCGAUGCCACCACCGCCCAACCCACCACCACUGGGCAUCCUCGUCCCCGAAAUCACUGCACUGAACAACUCUCUCAAGAACGUCGCGUUGAAGACAGGACAGCUACUUCAUCCGGCACAGUGGUAUAGAGGCUACGCUGAUACGGCGCCUGGGUCGCUCACGGCAGCGUUGGGUCGCGAGACGGAGAUCUACGAUCAGCUAUGCGACACCAUCGAAGCGCGUCUUCUGCGCGCCAUCACUGUGCUGCAACGUGAUCUGGCUCCGAGGAACGGCGCGUGAAGGAAGCUGAAGACCCGCUGCUCAGGCCGAAGCAAUGGCGCAUGCUGUCGCUCCUGCCUCGCAAUCGCCCGGGACUAUGCGCGCCCAG